CUCCAUGACAGCAUAUCAGAGGAGGGAUUCCACUACCUCGUGUUCGAUUUGGUUACUGGUGGUGAGCUGUUCGAGGACAUCGUGGCCAGGGAGUACUACAGUGAGGCUGAUGCCAGUCAUUGCAUUCAGCAGAUCCUUGAGGCUGUGCUCCAUUGCCACCAGAUGGGUGUGGUCCACCGCGACCUAAAGCCUGAGAAUUUGCUCCUAGCUAGCAAGCUGAAGGGGGCGGCUGUCAAGCUGGCGGACUUCGGCCUGGCCAUCGAGGUGCAGGGAGACCAGCAAGCAUGGUUCGGCUUUGCAGGAACUCCAGGGUACCUGUCUCCCGAGGUGCUGAGGAAAGAUCCCUACGGCAAGCCGGUGGACAUGUGGGCCUGUGGUGUGAUCUUGUACAUCCUGCUGGUGGGCUACCCUCCCUUCUGGGACGAGGACCAACACAGACUCUACCAGCAGAUUAAAGCCGGGGCUUAUGAUUUCCCUUCCCCGGAGUGGGACACAGUGACCCCGGAGGCCAAAGACCUCAUCAACAAAAUGCUGACCAUCAACCCGGCCAAGCGGGUCACUGCCACGGACGCACUCAAACACCCUUGGAUUUGCCAACGCUCAACUGUAGCGUCAAUGAUGCACAGACAGGAGACUGUGGAGUGCCUGAAGAAAUUCAACGCUAGGAGGAAACUCAAGGGCGCCAUCCUGACUACAAUGCUUGCCACCCGCAACUUUUCAGCAGCCAAGAGCCUGCUGAACAAAAAACCCGACGGCGUCAAAGAGUCCAGCGAGAGCGCCAACACAACUAUUGAAGACGAGGACGUGAAAGCUCGCAAGCAGGAAAUCAUCAAGGUCACGGAGCAUCUUAUUGAGGCCAUCAACAAUGGAGACUUGGACGCCUACAUGGAAAUCUGUGACCCCGGCCUCACAUCUUUUGAGCCUGAGGCUCUGGGCAACCUGGUGGAGGGAACUGAUUUCCAUCGCUUCUACUUUGAGAACGCUCUUUCCAAGAGUAAGCACCCCAUCCACACCAUUCUGCUCAACCCCCACGUCCACCUGAUCGGCGACGAGGCAGCAUGCAUCGCCUACAUCCGCCUUACCCAAUACAUUGACAGCAGCGGCAAGCCAUGCACCAUGCAGUCCGAGGAGACCCGCAUCUGGCAUCGCCGGGACGGGAAGUGGCAGAACAUACACUUCCACCGCUCUGGAUCGCCCACCGUGCCCACCAAGUAAGUUAAGAGGACCACCUUUGACCCCAAUACCCUCCAGCCUAAAUCAGUCAGCUGACCAGACCUGCUCCCUUCCAAGUGUCUAUCAACCCCCUCAUCCAUUCCCUGCCCAUCGCUAGAACUCCGCCCUCUCAGAGUGUUGUUUACAUAUCGUCGCUGCUGGACUGAAGAUUUCUGUAAACGUUGGUGGGGGAAAAAAUGAAUACUUAAAAAUCUUAAAAAUAUCAUUUUAUAGUGAGAAUGCGUGGUGUUUAAUUACAGCUUCCUCACAGGAUAUAAAGAUCUGAAGCAUGUUUUAUCUGAAUAAGUUGUAAUGGCCUGUUUUUAGAUGUGUUUUAAGUUUAGCUAGGUUUCAAAAGAGCCAGGGAUGACGUCCCACUUGUAUGAUCAGGCUCUUUAAGUAGAACUUCUGGACCUCCAGACUGGUGAAACAGUGUACUGAAACCUUACAGUCUUCAACUAGGACAAUUUUCUGUUUAAAUAUUACAGACGGCGUAUCAUCUGACAAGAUAUUUUGAUGUUUUACCUUUUGGCACAAUGACCAAUAUCAAUAUCUUAUUUUUAAUGGCUUCAUCUUUUCAAAAUAGCAGUCCAUAAAGAUUCUAGGCACAAGCUUGCUUUUGUUUUGGUGCUGUAUCAAUUUUGGUGAUUGACGUGAACUGCUAUGUCCAUGUUUUAUCUUGAGAGGAACCAUUUAAACUUCUUCAAACGAGGUUCUCAGACCAAUCUGUUGUUUAUGUUUGCAGUUGAGACUAAACAUGAUUACUAGAAGCUUUGAGUCCAUGUGCAAAAGGGAAGUGAAAGCUGAACAUAUGUCUAUCCCGUCUGAGUUUUCCUCCAUCCUUACAGAGGUGUGUGUACAAACAGUCUGAUAGAAUGUAAACUAUAGAUAUAUUGUGUACAUAUACAUACUUAAGGCCAUUAUUUGAUUCUUGGAAUGCUUUUAAAGUCAAAUCAUAUUUUCAUAAGGAUCUAAUUAUGUGAAUUUUAUUGGCUACAUUGUUAUUGUUUACUUUUUAUAUCGUGAUUAUUGCAGUAGGUUACCCCUUCAUCCCUUAAUGUAAUUCCACCCAGUUUUGCCAUGUUGCUUGAACUAGAGUUGAACCCUGUGCAGUGCCCUGUUAAGUGCAUGGCCCACCCUGCUCCUCUUUCCCUGCGUCUCCGCCAAUGAGCCAAUUCGUCUUCUGGUUGUGUAUGGGGGAACUACCAACCGCUAAUGCUAAACUGGCUAAUAACUGUACGCUAACACACUAUUUACACUGUAGGGGGGGCCACAGAUGAAUUACAUAAGUACACUGAGAUGAAGGUCAAAUGUUGUUGCACUGUGAAAAUGGGUUUCCUGAGGUAUCCACGGUGGUGUUUUGAACACUUUGUUUCUUCUGAAGACACAGCUCUUUGUGCAUGGUGUAUAUUGUGGUGUAACACGGUUACAACUGCGUUAGUUCCGACAACGUUCAGACACACCUCAUUCUGUUUGGUUUAGUCUCAUUUGUCCCACGCCCCUGUUUUAGUUUUAUCUUAAGAAUUUAUGAAAACCCCACUGGGCCACGGGUGUGUAUUGUUGCCAUGAUAGAUAAGAAUGGUGUAUGUUAAAGAAAUAUCAAAUAAAGAUGUGUGAUUUAUGCCAAAUA